AUAACAUUCUUCAAGAAACUUUAUGAACUUUUUUAAAAAAAAGUAUAUUAAUAAAAAUAAUAAUAAUAAUAAUAUAAAAAAAUGUCUAGAAAUCGUCCAUCACCACAAACUUUAAAUAAUAAUGUAAAUAGAGAUAAUCCAUCCAUCUCCCAAAAUUCACAAUUACAACAAAGGAGAUAUCAACAACAACAACAACAACAUAAAAAUGCUACUUCUCCUCCAUCUUCUCGUCCAACUUCUCCUUCAAGUCCUUCACAUCGUUCAAUGAAUUCUAACCCAUUUGAUGAUAAUUCCAAUCCUUCUUAUAAUCCAAAAGAUUAUUAUAAUAAUAAUGCUAAUUCAAGGGCAUUUGAACGAAGAGAUUCAAAUCAACAAAAUCAACAAAAAAAGAUAAUAUGGAAUCAUCAAUUGGAACAACAACAACGUCAACAAAUUCAAAAAUAUCAACAAUAUCAACAUUUGCAACAUAAUAAACCUAAUAAUGAGAUUAUUAAUGAUAAAAAUCAACAAUUUACUAAUGAUACAGUGAAUAUUAAUAAUGAAGGUGAUAAAGUUGUUAAUCAUAAUAAUGAUGAUGAUGAUGGUGAUGAAAGUGGUGAGGUAUCCGAUUUUUUUCAAAAUGUUUAUACUCCUUCAAGUAGUAAUAAUCGUAAUGAUUAUAAAUCAAGAAUGUCUGUUAUUUCAAUGGCUGAAUCUGUUCCUGAACAAUUGCCAUCUUCAACUAAUCAAAAGGAUUCUUCGGAAAAAUCUGUUUCUAAACUUCGUUCUAGUAAUGAUCAUAAAAAUAUUAAUUUUGAUCAAAAUAAUCAUGAUAAUGUGGAAAUGAAUGUAUUAAAUGAUAAAAAGAAUCCAAAAUUAUCUCGUACAAAGAGUCAUAGACCACGUCCUCAUGCUGAAGAAUCUUCAGUUCCAUUAUCUAAUAAUAAUGAUGAUGAUUCAUUUCCUACUGAAAGACCAAAAAGUCCUUCAAAAAGUUUACUUAGAAUGCCUUCUAUUAUGAGAAGUUAUAAUGAUAAUGAAAAUCCUUCAUCAAAUCUUCCACGUCGUCAAAAAUCUCUUGUUAGACCUGAACGUGCACGUAAUAAUAAUUAUAAUCGUCGUAUUAGCAGAGGUGCUAUGUCAACAAGGCAAAUGUAUGAUGGAAGUGAUGAAGAAUCAAGAUUUAGUGUAUUCUCUGGUAAUGGUAAUGGAGGUGAUGAUAGACGUAAAAGUACUAUGUCAAUUGCUAGAAGAAAUUCAAUGAAAGAUCCUCCAAGAAAAAGAAAAUGGUAUAAAUGUCAAUGUCCUUCUUGUUGGAUUUUAUUUUCUCGUAUUGUCACUUUUUGGGCUCCUCCUUCUUUAUUAUCAUGUUUCGGUAUGCAUGAUAGAUUAGUUCAACAAGCUUGGAGAGAAAAGAUGGCUUUGGUCUUUAUCAUUUUUAUUCUUUGUAUUGUUGUUGGUUUCUUGACUUUUGGUUUUGAGACUACUGUUUGUAGAAAAGCACCUUUGGAAGGAAUUCAGUUUGGUCAUAUGUCAUUGAAUCAAGCUACGAUAUUAGGAAAAGUUUAUGAUUUAAGUAGUUUUCCACAUCCUGUAGUACCACCAUAUGUUAAAGAUUCAGAUCUUGCUAAUCCUGUUAAUGGAUUUGGUCGAUCCGAUUUAUCAUUCUUAUUUCAAUCUGUCAAUUUUGAAUGUAAAAAUGUGCUUAUUCCCAAAGUUACAAAUGCUGAUGGUUCAGUAUUAAAAUAUUUUCCUUGCGUAGUUAUACAUGAAAAUGAUGACCCAAAUCCAACUGCAAAUCCUCAAAAUGGAGGAUGUCAUGUAAAUCCUAGUGAACGAGUUGACGCUCUCAGUAAAUUUAAGGUAGUAGGUCAAACUUAUUUUGAAUGGAGUGACGUAGAUAAUCCUGAUAACAAAUAUGUUGUAUACAACGGUCAAGUUCUUGAUUUAGAUCGUUUCCUAUGGAAGGAUCCAAAUAUUGAUUUACCUGAUACACUGAUCAAAUUAAUAAAUGAUGAUAAUGAUGUAUUCCAUGGUCGUGAUAUUACUCAUUAUUUACACUCAGAUAAUGAAAAACUCAAUUUAGCAAAAUGUAUGGAAGAGAUUAUUAAAGUCGGUGUUAUUGAUGAGAUAUCCAUCAGUUGUCUUAUCACUGAUGUGGUUACGUAUGUCAGCUUUAUUGUAAUCGUCGGCGUAGUUUUAGUUAGAUUCUUUUUGGCCGUUUUAUUUGGUUGGAUUUUAAGUUGGCGUCUUGGUAGUUUCCGUGAAGAAACUGCUGAUGAUAUUUCUAAACGGGAAAAAGAUAUUGAACGUUGGUCAAAUGAAAAUAAUCAUUUUAAUUCAAGAGAUUCAAGUAGUUCAUCGUUCAAGUUAUUUAAUUUAAAUAAAUCAAGAUUUUCAACACUUCCUCCACCUGGAUCAGCUCCAUUUGUUGACCGAAGAAGACAAGAUGGUCGAACUGGUAGUAGGAUGUAUUCAGCUCAAUCUGCUAUGGUGAAAGACUCGAACGGAUCCGCAAGAACAAGUCGACCUUCAUCUAUUAUUAAUGAAAAUAAUAAUAGUCGAGCGAAUUCCAUGUCUUCAACAUCAUCUUCGUCUUAUGGCCAAAUACAAAGUUUAAAUCCUGUCAAUGAAACCCGGUUUAAUUUUCCAUUAUUACACACAAUCAUGUUAGUUACUUGUUAUUCCGAAGGUUUGCAAGGAAUAAAGACAACUCUCAAUUCUUUAGCAAGAACUGAUUAUCCAACUUCACAUAAACUUAUUAUGAUUAUUGCCGAUGGUGUAAUUUUUGGUUCUGGUAAUGAUUUAUCAACCCCCGAUAUUUGUCUGUCUUUGAUGCAUGAAUUUGUUGUACCUAGAGAUGAUGUAAUAGCACAUUCUUAUGUUGCUAUUGCUGAUGGAAAAAAACGGCAUAACAUGGCUAAAGUAUAUGCUGGUUAUUAUAAAUGUAGAGAUCAACAUGAUCAUAAUAAAGUUCUUAAGAUUCCAAUAGUAACUAUUGUAAAAUGUGGAGGUCCUGAUGAACAAGAUGAAAAAAAACCGGGUAAUCGCGGAAAACGUGACUCUCAAAUGAUUUUGAUGAGUUUCUUACAAAAAGUUAUGUUUGAUGAAAGAAUGACACCUCUUGAAUAUGAAUUCUUUAAUUCAAUUCGAACCGUUACUGGUGUUACUCCCGAUCAUUUUGAAAUCGUUCUUAUGGUAGUUUUUGAAUAUUAUAUUUCUCAUCAUAUGCAAAAAGCAUUUGAAUCGAUUUUUGGUGGUGUAACAUGUUUACCGGGAUGCUUUUGUAUGUAUCGUAUUAAAGCACCAAAAGGGCCUAAUGGAUAUUGGGUACCAAUUCUUGCCAAUCCUGAUAUUGUUGAACAGUAUUCUGAAAAUAUAGUUGAUACACUCCAUAAGAAAAAUCUAUUAUUAUUAGGAGAAGAUCGAUAUUUAUCAACAUUAAUGCUUCGAACAUUCCCAAAAAGAAAAAUGGUAUUUGUUCCACAAGCAGUAUGUAAAACGAUUGUACCUGAUACAUUUAGGGUACUUAGAUCGCAAAGACGUAGAUGGAUCAAUUCUACCGUACACAACUUAUUAGAAUUAGUAUUAAUCCCAGAUUUAUGUGGAACUUUUUGUUUUUCAAUGCAAUUCGUUAUAUUUAUGGAAUUGGUUGGUACAGUAGUAUUACCAGCUGCUAUAACAUUUACUUUAUAUCUUAUCAUAAUAUCAUUUGUAAAAAAACCCGUACCAUAUCUUCCACUCGCACUUUUAGGUGUUGUAUUGGGUUUACCGGCAAUUUUAAUUUUAUUGACAACACGUAAAAUUGUAUAUGUUGGAUGGAUGUUAAUUUAUUUAUUCUCGUUACCAAUAUGGAAUUUUGUAUUACCAGUAUAUGCUUAUUGGCAUUUUGAUGAUUUCUCAUGGGGACAAACACGUAAAGUUGAAGGUGAAGAAGCUGGAAAGGAUCAUUCGCGUAAAGAAGGAGAAUUUGAUAGUACUCAGAUUGUAAUGAAACGAUGGGCAGAAUGGGAACGCGAAAAACAAUAUAAGACUAGAGGUUCAAUAAGUUCAAUACAACAACAUAUUUCAUCGGCUCCGUUAAGUUCAGAAGAAGGAUAUUCAAAUUCAAGACCAGGAAGUGAAAAAUCUUCAUAUUAUACACCAUCUCCAUUAAAUCCAGUAUUAAGAACUGGUGGUAAAAGAAAUACAGGACCCGGCGUAAAGACGAGAGCUCCUACUUCAGAUUCUUUAAAGGUACCUCCUCCGUUAAGUAACUAUUCUUCUCCUCCCGAUUCAACCAAUAGUAGUUCAACACUCACAACGGAUGCAUAUGCUUCAACUCCGACUGAAAUAGAUUAUCAACAAAAUAUAAUACCGAGAUCUAAUAAUAAUAAUAAUUUUAGUUAUAGUAGUGAUAAUAAUAAUAGUAAUUUUCCAGGUAAUUUCGAAGAAGCUCAUUUACGGGAUCAAAAUGGUUAUGAUUCUUCGUAAAUGAAAAGACAAUUAGGAACAAUUCUUUUAUUUUUAUAUGUUCGGGUUUAAAAACUUUUGUUUAAAAACUGUGAACCCUACUCCUCAUUAAUGACGGUUCUGUAUAGAAUUUAAAAUAAAGAAAAAUAAUAGUUAUUUGUAUUCAUCGAGGAAAUUUUUUUGGUUUUUUAUGUAUUUUUUUCUUGGUUGUAUAUUAGUUUUAAUAUAGAUAAUACAGUAUUUUUUUGGCGGGACG